AUGGACAGCAGCCAGGACAACAACCAGGAUACGGACAAUAUCAGUCAGGAGCUGCCUAUCCGCCGGCCGGUCCACCUCACCGUGCUCCUCAUGUUCAGUUACUCGCAACCUCCGAAUCAACCUCCUGCGCAGCCCUAUGCCCCAUCACAGAGCCACUAUCAAGGAUAUCAGCCUCAGCAUGCGGCCACUAACACCAAUCAACAGGCUUAUGGACAGAAUCCAGCGUGGUCACAGCAGCAGGGGCAAGCAUCCUAUCAGUCAAACCAAUACAGCUCAAUCAACGGAUUACCCAACGAUAGUCAUUCCACGCCGGAUCCUCACGCUACACCAACUCAGGCGACUGUUCAUCUCACUACAUCUCGUACCCUUCCACCGUCUAAUCAGUCCACUAGUGCUUUGAGUGAGGGGAGUUCAGGCGAGAAGCCGCAACUGUUCCUUGCCUGGGACGACUGGGAUUUCGAUUUUGAUGGUGCUAUAUGGCCCAAAAGCAAUGAACCUGUCGAUCCGGCCCUAAGUCUCGGAGUUAUCAUCUGGCAUCCCGCAAAGCAGGUAACACGUGCAUUACCAUCAACCUUCGCCGAGGCCGAAGAAGACGCACUGAAACCCACGCCGGAGAAACUGGACAACGGAGAUUCAGUGUCGAUGUACUUUACAGCCGACAACUCGCAUGAGGCUUUCUUGAAUAUUAGGCAGACAGACGAAUGGGAGACACUUCAGGAUGAUCCAGUCUUCGUCGUAUUCACAGACGAAGACAUGAAAUCCAAUCUCGUCUCGCUAGAGGAUUGUAUUGCUCAACGAGAUCGACCGGACGAACUGUACGAGGAGGUACAGCAGGAUGAGGAUCUGGAGAUGCGCGAUGCUACGUGGGACAUUAUGGAUAACCUUGAGCAAGCACUCGCUACAAACAGUGGUUCCACCAAACCUGCCACUACGGAGUCUGAGACAGCACCUCCUCAACAGCUAAGCCAAGAAGACAUCCUGGCUAAACUGGGCGUGACCGGGACUCCGAAGCCACCAUCAGAUGAGCAGAUUUCACUACCAUUAUCUGCCUGCGAUGCGAAGAUCCCAUCGGCACUUCCUGGCAAGCCAUCAUUACCUUCUGCCUUCACAAAGACUGCAGAGCCUGCUCUUCCACCUCAACGAGCGCAAUCGUAUGGAGGCCAUCGCAACAAUACACAUGGACCUCCGCUGCCUCGGCCGUACGGCUCCAUGUCGUCUUCCACCACCUCUAGGCCCCCACCCCCACCUCCACCCCCAGAACAACAACGCUACGAUCCUUGGAAUGCGCCUCAGCGUAGUGGCCAUGGUCUCGAUGGCUCCAGGGGCAGUCCGGCGCUCUCUGAAGGAAGCAACCACACCAUGGCUGGCUCUGAUUUCGAGCCCGAAAACCCCAGCAGCGAGAUACGACAGGAUGUGCCAAGUGCAACCUCACUCGACCGAGGCGAUAGCUCUUUCUCUCGGAAGAGGAGCUAUGAGGAUGCGGACCACGAGCAUGAGCGCUUGCGGCAGCAAGAAGACUACAGCAAACGAAAGCGGCGCUCUCAAGUUGAUGCUGCGUACAGGUGCUGGCGAGGACAGCUGUUCUUUAUGUACCUCUCACUCAGGCGACACCCCAACGCCAGAACAACGACUACGACCUUGUACCUACAGCUGCGCUACCCGACCCAGAACUCUACAUCGCGAAUCACUGUCAUCAUGUGCGGCUCUGACUGCUUCUUGAUGCUCCUAAGCGUCCUGUUCCCACCUGUGGGGGUAUGGGUAAAGAAAGGCCUCUGCAGUGCCGACUCUCUUAUCAACCUCGCGCUCUGCUGUCUCGGUUUCCUGCCAGGCCUCCUACACGCCUGGUACGUGAUCCUCCAAAACCCAGAUCCGUACGACGCAUACCAGCAAGUGCCCGAUCGCGAACGCGGUGCAAACAGCAACGGCGGAACCACAUACUAUGUCAUCACCCACGAGCAGCCGGCUGGAGGACAAGCGAAUUACGGCACCGUGGGCAGCCAGCCAAGCAACGGCCAGUUCCCCGGACAGCAGAGUGGCGUGACAAACAGCUUUGCGCAGCCAAAGGGAAGCAAGGCCGCGAAGGGCGCUUCAGCCCCGAAUGCUUCUGCACCGCAAGCCGGCGAAGGUAGCUCGAGUCAGCCUGAAGGGCCACCACCGACCUACGCAGAUGUGAUCAAGGGCGACAACAAGGUUCAGGGCCCAUAA